CACAGGCGGUUCAAAUACCUUACGACCAAUCGUCGAAAAAUAAACAGAAGCAAAGAAGGAACGGGGAAAAGGUUUUUCGAUCCAGAUAUCAUUGCACAUUUUGGCUUCGAACACGGCUUAGCAUAACCGGUGUACAAGUAUAUAUUGUAUAGUUUUGCUUGGAUUUUUCAUGGCCAUGAACGACGCAUUAAUUUUCCGAGUUAGUGCAUUCUCCGAGCAAGGAGGAAGGAGAUACAUGGAGGAUGUUAUUGAGUUUAAAGUGGAGUACGAACCGCCUGAACCAGUGCCAGCAGAGGGUGGUCUGAAUUCGGUAGAACAACAAUGGGAGUCAAAAGUAGAGAAACAGGAGAAUGGUCAUACUGAGCAGACCAUAAUAAGCAAUUCUCCCGAAAACGUUCAAGAAUCGGUGCCUGUUAGUGCAAUGUGGACAGAAAACAUAACAUGUGAGAAGCAUGGGGACAUUUCCCAGGCAGAAGUUCCAGCAGUGCACACGGUCGUUCGGAAGUCUGUGGCGUUUUUUGGUGUAUUUGACGGUCACGGAGGGCGAGAAGCUGCUCAUUUUGCCCGAGACAAUCUGUGGGGUAUUCUGAAAAAGCAAAGGGGGUUUUGGUCAGAAGAUCAAGGAGAAGUCUGUGAAGCAAUUCGAAAGGGGUUCAUUGCCUGCCACCAUGAUAUGUGGAAAGAGCUACCUGAGUGGCCCAAGACUCUGACUGGCCAGCCUAGUACUGCAGGAACAACGGCCAGUAUAGUGCUGAUCCGCGGGGAUCUGAUGUACGUAGCCCAUGUGGGGGACUCGGCAGUGGUUGUUGGGGUGAAAGAGCCUGGUGAAAAGAACAUCAGGGCCUUGGAAGUCACACAGGACCACAAACCUGAACUUCCCAAAGAGAAGGAGCGCAUUGAGAGACUUGGGGGCAGUGUAGUGAAGAAGUCCGGGGUGAACCGUGUGGUGUGGAAGAGGCCCAGACUGACCCACAAUGGCCCUGUCAGGAGGAGCACUGUCAUAGACCAGAUUCCCUUUCUCGCUGUGGCCAGAGCUUUGGGGGACCUGUGGAGCUAUGACUUCUACAGUGGGGAGUUUGUGGUCUCUCCAGAGCCUGAUGUCACUGUAAUGACCAUUGACCCUAAGAAGCACCGCUACAUCAUCCUGGGUAGUGAUGGCUUGUGGAACAUGAUGCCAGCUAAGGAUGCUGUCGCUAUGUGUGAGUGCCACGAUCAGAUGGUGGGCCCUAAGGGAUGGUCCUGUGCCAAACGGUUAGGAUGCACGGCCUUGCUGUUCUGGCGCCAGCGCAUGCUCCGUGCGGACAACACAACGGUCAUAGUGAUAACCGUGCAGCACCCUGAUGAGCCACCCAUGACCAUGCACCUACAGGAGCUCUAUGUCAAUAUGGCAGAGGGCCUUGAUAAGAUCCCCCCCGUUACAACCGCAAACUCUCCCCGCCGUUACGACGGCCCCGUUAUGCAGAACCCAGAGGUUAACUCUGUGGGUGAGCCUCUCCCCCUCCCAGCCCUGGAGUGGAGGAAUAGCCUGUGUGAGGCUGGUCUCUGUCCCCCUUCAGAGCCCCUGGCAGAGGUGGACUCACAGAGAGUGACCCCAACAGACAGAACCUUGAACGUUUGUUCAAUUGAAGGCACAGGGACUCCAGGGUUCUCGGCACCAUCCACCCCUCUGCUGAGGAGGCUUCGUAGGCCCCCACACACUCACCUCUCCCCCAGCAUAGCACACCACAGCCUUGGUCGGUCUCCUCACAGUCCCUUGUCUCCCAGGAUGCCUCGCCGCAGCCUGGCCCGUUCUCCACGCAGUCCCUUGUCCCCUAGAACAUCUCGCCGCAGACUCAGUGACCGAACCCCUCUGAGGCGAGGUGGAAAGGGACAGAGACGCUCCCCCAAUGUUCCCGUCAUCCUACCACAGAAACGCAAGGCUGCCUUGUGUGUGUGCUGAACCUCAUCUUACCACGGACGACAGAUUGACUAGGAUGAUGACCUUUAUCAUUCUGCAAAGAGAUGCAUAAGGGCAUCUGAACAUUGUGUGCUCAUGUAUCAACAGUAUGCCACUGUUCCAUUCAUAGGUUAAGUAUACUUUUAUAGUGGAGUCUGGUACCAUCUAAACAUUUUUGUAAAAAUGUGAUGUUCGUGUGUUUGCUUACUUUACAUCUUAAGUGUUUUUAUGAUAUUUUGUUUAUUAACUGUUUUAAUGGAAAACAUAUUUUAUCUAGUGUAUAUUGCUGGUCAUAUUUCCACCCCCUUUUUAUGUUUAAAAUAAUACUAAUAAUAAUAAUAAUAAUAAAUCAAUAAAAAAUCCCAUAUUCUGUACCAAUAGAAAAAUAUUAUACUAAAAACUUUCCAAACUGUACAUUAUUCAUACUUAGCGAUAUGUGUAUUUUUGAAAAUCAUAAUGAAUUGACUAUCCUGAACUAAACCACAGAGCCUGAAUGAAUUUGGUGAAAAACGCCACACCCUGUUUUAACUUGCAUGCGGAGAUCAAGGUGCUUAGUUUCUAUCACUGGACAGGCGAAGAGCAGUCAGGGAUGCCAAAUAAGUGUUUUGAAUUGGGAGAGGGGGAUCCAUGGCGUUUUGAAUCGGGAGAGGGGGAUCCAUGGCGUUUUGAAUCGGGAGAGGGGGAUCCAUGGCGUUUUGAAUCGGGAGAGGGGGAUCCAUGGCGUUUUCAGAACUACAUGUGUUAAAUGUAGAAUAACCUGAAUGUGCUACCUGCUAUGAAUACUUUAUAUAUCCCCAUAGUUGAUUGUUAUUUCAAAUAGUUUAAUCUUUCCCUGGUUCCCCAUGAAUAGUUGGCCUUGCAUCAUUGUUCUCAUGUAUUGCUUUCAGCUAUCCACUGGAGGGCACCCACUGCAAGUGUAAAUGUGGUGUCAAGUAGUUUCAGUGCUGUGUGAUUUACUUUGCAAGUGUUCAGAUACCCCAUAUUCAUAAAGUAUAGUGGAUUUGAUCUCAUGAAAGUUAUGAUUGUUGUCAGUUUUAAAUCUUAAAACGAUUAACAAAUGACAGCUCAUUAUGUCACCCCGUUGGGAAGUUGGCCUUGCUUGUAUGAUGAGAUAUUUGGAGUUAAAAUAUUUGACUCAGCUAAAAUGUGUUUGUUGACAAUUACCUUAAACUUCAAUCAGUCAAAUAGUGCUAUGUUUACAAAGCUGAGUUCUCAUAACCAGACAAGUGGAAUACACCUCUGAAAUACACUACAUGGUCAAAGGUAUGUGGACACCUGCUUGUCAAGCAUCUCAUUCCAAAAUCAUGGGCAUUAAUAUGAAGUUGGUCCCCCCCCUUUGCUGCUAUAACAGCCUCCACUCUUCUGGGAAGGCUUUCUACUAGAUGUUGGAACAUUGGUGAGGUCAGGCACUGAUGUUAGGCGAUUAGGCAUCGCUUGCAGUUGGUGUUCCAUUUCAUCCCAAAGGUGUGCAGUUGAGGUCAGGGCUCUGUGCAGGCCAGUCAAGUUGUUCCACACCAAUCUCGACAAAUGCUGAAACAGGAAGGAGCCUUCCCCAAACUUUUGGGGAAGAAAACGCAUUUCCACUGCUCCAGAGUCCAUCGGCGGCAAGGUCUCGUUUUGUGAGCUUGUGUGGCCAUUACUUUGUGGCUGAGCUGUUGUUGUCCUCUAUGUUUCCACUUCGAAAUAACAGCUACUUACAGUUGAACGGGGCAGCUCAAGCAGGGCAGAAAUGUGAUGAACUGACUUGUUGGAAAGGUGGCAUCCUAUGACAGUGCCACGUUGAAGCUCGUCAGUAAGGCCAUUCUACUGCCAAUGUUUGUCUAUAGAGAUUGCAAGGCUGUGUGCUUGAUUCUAUACACCUGUUUGCAACGGGUGUGGCUGAAAUAGCAGAAUCCACUAAUAUGAAAGGCUGUCCACAUACUUUUGUAUAUAUAUGGUGUAUGAUGCCAUAUUUAGUGCACCCAUGGCUCACUGGAUUUACAAAUCGGAUAAUUGCACAUUUGCAGCACAGAUAAUUGUUCUUACACCAAACAUUGUGGUACCAUUGACACUGCAGAAUAAUGUCGAUCUUGUACAGGCAUAGAUUAAUACAAUUGUGUUAUUUUGAAAACAGAAAAAUAUCUUCCAUUGCAUUGAAGUGCUUUUGUAAAUAUGAUUUUAUUUGUACAGUAUAUUAUGCAAAACCAGGCAUUGGGUUUUACAUGAAUGUGGCAUGAUCAGCUCUGUUUGUGGUGAAGUGUAUUAAGGGAUGGCUUUAUUAAUAGAAAUGAUUAUUUGCUAGAUAGAUUACAUAGAAAUUUCCACUUUACAUCCAUUACAGUGAUAAUCAAUGUAUGUCUUGAUGUCAAACUACAAUACCUGCCUUGAAUGUGACUAAAUAAGUGUGUUGAAUAAAUACUUUGUCAUUUCAAAUUAA